UGAGAAUACCAGUCUGAGAGAAAACGAUGAUUAUGGAGUAUGGCGUUUUCCCCUUCAGUUUUGAUCCUACAUGUCGCUUCUACAACACACUGCUUGACCAGCAAAGCCGAUUAUGCAACCACAUCAAGAAACUCCAAAAGAUAUUACAGAGACUCAGUAAACUGAACAGAUGUUCUCUCAUUGCACAUCUAACAGGAAAUUCUUUAAGUGCAGCAGGAGCAAUUAUGGCCAUAGUGGGGCUGUCUUUGAGCCCUGCAACUCUAGGAGCCUCCCUCUUGGCUUCUGGGGUGGGUUUAGGAGUGGCGGCUGCAGGAGGGGCUGUUUCCAUGACUUCAGACUUUUCUUUAGUGCUCUGUAACUCCAAGGAGGUGAAAAAAGUACAGAAGAUUGCACUGGCUUGUCACAAUCAGAUGAAGGAAACAAUGAAUUGCUUGGAGUUCCUGCACCGCAGUUGGAAUCCCACCGACCCUUUCUUAUUGCAGACUGAAAAAAAUGCUUCUAUUGCCCUUUAUAAUUCUGCCUGCUUCCUGGUGUUCUGCGGUCCUCAGGGCUUUCUGGUGCCUGAGCAUAUAGAAGAGGAGACAAAAGUGAGCCAUAUUCUACUUAAGGCAAAAAUCCAGAAACUGGCCGAAAACCUAGAAGCCUGUGCAAGACACAUGGAUGAAAUCUGCAAGCUUUUAGAAAGCAGGAAAGCAUGUUCCUGGAGGACAAAAGGAUUAGUAUGUUGACAUGGGAUCAAUGGUCAGAAUGACUCUGCAGUAACAUGAGGUCUUCUUGAAAAAAUAAAACCUGGGCAUAAAAAUGCUGAAUACUGGUACUGUAAUUUAAAAUUAGGAUUUUAUGUACCCAGGAGUUUUCUCUACACAUUUCCUAGGAUUUGCAAUUAUCUGCACUCUUUCUAUUUUGUGUUUUUUUUUUUGCUGAUCAACGUAACAUGCAGAAAUCAUGGUUGUAUCAGUUAUAGUCUAUACUUUCAGCACAUUUCAAGGGAAGUUGUUUGUCACAAAGCACCAUACUUUGUGUUUUCUGGGCAGAUAGCACAGUAAGCUGAACUUUCCUUAACACAUGAAAUUUCAAUUAAUGUUUCACAAUAGGAGGAAAAAAUAGGCGGGAAUAAUUUUCAAAGCUCUGACAGUAAUUGUAUUCAAAUGCUCAAGGGGUCAUGAUGGAAUAUACCAGCAUAGACAAAAAUAUUUGGUAAAUCCAAAACCUGUUGAACUGUGAGAACCAGACAGAUAAGCAAAGCCUACAUAUUUCUGUACUUCUCCUUAUGAUGUUCUCAUAGCAGAUGGAAAUUUGCCCUACAAGUAGGGUUAGAACUGAAUCAUUCCUUUACUUUCGUUUCUAGACUUUACAAUCUUUGUCUCAUUUGUCAUAGCUAUCUUUCAUGUACUCUUUUCACACAUAUGCCAGAAUAUCAUGUAGUUUUACAUUUAUUUAUAUGGGCCAGUAUUAUUGAACUCUUUGUUUAAAAGAAUAAGGACAUUGUCAACACAAGAUAAAAUAAGAUAUUCUUCACUAUAUCUGAGCCAACAUCUUUAAAUUGCUUGAAGUCAUUUUCUUUGCCAAUAAUUUCAUUCAAAAGACAUGAUAAAGAAGCCAGCUAAAAACUAGGUUGUAAACCAAGAUUUUUUUUCCCAAAAUUCUGUUAACAUUUCAUGUGAGGGAUUAUUUUUAAGAUAUCAUCUCCCUAUGCAUUUAUAUUCAGAAACAUUUUACUAGAAUGUGCAAAAAUAAUUUUUUAAGAAAAGCCUUUGCAGAUUGAAUCUUUUGAUAAAAACUGUUCUGUGUUCACUAACUUCACUGUAAAAAUUAAAUGCUACUUUUUACUUAAUUGAUUAAUCAUCAGUUUUGUAUCUUCAAAAUAUUGUUGAAUAGAAGGCUAGGAAGAAAAAAAACCUAAAGCAAAGAUGGUGAGAAGCUUUCCUCAAAGACUUUUUCACAAUUGAAAAGCUAGUUAGCCAAACAUUUUUCUUUCUUUUUCUUUUUUCCAUUUCUUUCACAAAGGAUAAGGCAUGCUGGGAUCAAAAGAGUUGAGCUGUUGUUUUGUAAUUGGAUACUGUAACCUUCCAUCAUCUUAUUAUGUUUGAAAUUCAUUUAACAUACAAGAAACUAAGAUUCAGCUGUCCUGAUGGAAAAACUAAGAAUUACUUGGGAUUGAUUUAUGCACGUUAGAGAACUUCUUCUUCACACAUCUAUACAUAUUCAUGCAAAUCAUUUCGUAGUAAUAGAGCUCCCAAAUCUGGACACCAGACAGGGUCAACUGAAGAUUUGCAGUCCAAAUCUGGUAGUAGUACAACCUCCCCCCACCUCCCCCCAUAUCCCUGCAAGUAGAUGUCAGUUCUGUAAACCUUUUCAUGUGCUACUGGAAAUUAUUGCGUAGGAUGUGAUAAAUUUGGAACCAGACUCCCUGAAAGAGAAAGAAUGAGAGAAAAAAAAAUGACCAUACGUGUUUUUCAGAAGAAUGAGAAAAUGUUUCGAAGUAUACAUAUAAGCUUAAUUCUCAUCCAGAUGUUGUGUUUUGAGCAAUACCAUUUUACAGAGCAGGUUUAGGUUUUAUGCAAUUGAAUGAUUUCUCCUGUCUCUACAAAUAAGAACAAGAGCUCACAACACGACAAACUUGUCCUGAAAUGCCUGCCUUCUUUAGGCAGUGGUUUUAUUUUCGUAUUGGGGAGCAUUCAGUCAUAUGUGUCCAAAGACACAGCUUGGGCUUAUCGGUAGUGAGAACUAAGCCAUCAGGCUGUCAGAUCCAAAAAUGAUGUGAUGUUUCUCAUUUAUUUCUGUAUCAGUAAGGAGUAUCUUGGGAGAUCUCAAGUUCCUUAAGUGAUGGCAAUGAAGGAAUUUAAAUGCAUGAGAGCCAAAGGAUGUGAGUGUAAGGUAUAUUUUGUGAAGACCUUAUAGCAAAUCUGACAUAUUCUUUGCAUGUCUGUCUUUGUGGGAAAGGAAAAUGUGCCCAUUAUGAUCUUUGGGUCACUUUAGUCAUUAUAAAAUCAAGAAACAUAUUCUACAGAAUCCUAAUGCGGUAUAAAAAUCAGAACAAGUAUGAAAUUAUUUUGUUAUCCGUUAUUUAUAUUAUUUCUCCUCAAUUCUUAAAAAGUCUACUUCAGAAAUAGCAACUCCCUAAACAUCUCAAUGGAUUCAGGAGAUUUGGAAAAAUAAUUAUGAUAACUGGUAUUAUUUUCUUCAUCUUCAAAUAUACAAAUUCAGCAGAAAUUAUCAGUGGGGUAAAGUUCCAUGAUCAUAAUAAUAUAAUCCUAGUUCUUUUAAUCUAAGCUCCCUUCUGCUCUUCUACACAUCUUCUGAGAACACUUAUUAUAAACUUAAAUGCUUCAUAUUAUGACUUAUUCAAACAAUUAACCAAGUGAGAUCCCAAAGGUCUACCUGCUAUUUAUGCAAGUAAUACUUUGCCACAUACUAAACAGACACUUCAGAUACUGAUGCAGUACUGUAGCUGAAAUUCAGAUCAAGAACACUGUGAUCUGUGAGCUCCUGGGGCUAAUGGAUCUGAGUUUCAGAAAUCAGCAUGGCUACUAGAUAAAAGCAGAGAGCUAAUGCUUUCUGCACUUCUUUGCUGCCGUCUAGAUUCUUGAAGUCCAGAUCUUGUAGCCCUAGGAUUUCCAGAUGACUACUAACCAAGCAGCCUCUUUCGCAUUUGUUAAACAAAAUGCUGCAUUGGUCUGCUCAUUUAAUUUGCAACAGCCACACAUUAUGUUAGUGGCAUACACUUUGAGGGAGGGAGAUGGUUGUAAUUGAAUGCAGCCAAUGGUGGCACUAGUUUCACUAUAAACUUUCACCAUUAAUGAAAGAUGAGGAUGACCAGAAUAGAGUGAAUGUAUUUAUCUCCCUUCUGUGCUUUGUAUUUUCAAGCACCUAAAGAGUGCAACUGAACAAGCAAACAUGAACUAAAAGCCUGAGAAGGGAAACACGUAUCACGGAUCUAGAAAUCUAACAAGAUACAGUAUAUUUCUGAUGCCACAUUGCAUUGCAUAAACACUAGUAUCACAUGCUCCUAUGGAUUGUUGACAUACAUAAGAGAUUCCAAAGUUAUACAAAGGACAGAUAAUAUGACAAACAGUUUAUACUGCCAUGUAAAAAUGCCUAAAACAGGUCUAAUGCAAAUUUCUUGGAGAUCUAAUCCAGCAUAAGGAAGAAAAAUUCAAAGGAAAGGUGGAUGUUGUAGAUUUUUGAAGUAUUGUAUGUGAAAAAAGAAACUGACCAAGAAUGAACAAAGAAAUCAGAAAGAUUAUGUAAGUAGAAAGAUUCAUUAAGAAAAAUGGAAAAUAAAGGAAAAAACUCUACAGAUAAGGCUGCCAGGUGACUAUAUGGGUCUCCUUUUUGAAUAAUGAUAAUCCAUUAACGGUUGGUGGAUGAUUAGUCACUGUAUAUGUUACCACUUCAAUUUUUUGUUUGCAAAUAUUGUAAUCUGGCAAGUGUUGCAGAAACGUGGCAAAAAUAAAUCUUUCAUAUUUAUAACUGA